ACAGCACUGACGUUGGUCUGUCCGGAUGCAGGGAGAAGGGGGGAAGAGGGGUGAGGUGGGGCGGUACAAAGGUGAGGCUGUGCUCAACUCUCAGGCUCAGCGGAACAGAUAACCAGCACUUUCAUUUUGUGCACACCUCGGGCCAUGUCCCUGCCGCUGUCCCGGCCCUGGAGCCUGCUCUGCCCCAGCCCCCUGCCCGCUGGGCCCAUGCAGCUGCUGUGGUUCCUUGGCCUCCUCUGGAUGCUCAAGGCCUCCCCAGGGGCCACAGGCACCUGUGACAAUGGUGGCACCUGGGAACAGGGCCAGUGUGUUUGCCGUCAGGGGUUCUCUGGGGACCGCUGUCAGCACCAGAGAAAAUGCCAGAAUGGGGGUACUUGGGAUGGCCUCAAGUGCCAGUGUCCCAGCACCUUCUAUGGUUCCGAUUGUGAGUUUGCUGUGGAACAGGUGGAUGUAGACUCAGUGGAGGCCGACGUGGCCAUGGAAGUGUCUGUCGACCAGGAGUUCUCCUCUGACCUCAACGACAACACUUCCCAGGCCUACAGGGAUUUCAACAACACCUUCUGGAAUCAGAUGCAGAAGAUUUACGCAGACGUGCAGGGCUUCACCUUCAAGGGUGUGGAGAUCCUGUCCCUGAGGAAUGGCAGCAUCGUGGUGGACUACCUGGUUCUGCUGGAGAUGCCCUUCAGCCCGCAACUGCAGAGCCAGUACGAGAAGGCCAAGACUGCAUUGAAGGACGGGCUGCAGAACGCCAGCCAAAAUGCAGACAGCUGCAAGGACUCCCAGACCCUGUGCUUUAAGCCUGACUCCAUCAAGGUGAACAACUACAGCAGGACAGAGCUGACUCCGGAAGCUAUCUGCCGCCGCGCCGCUCCCAAGGGCUAUGAGGAGUUCUACUUUCCCUUGGUGGAGGCGGCCCGGCUCCGCUGCGUCACCAAAUGUACGUCGGGCGUGGACGGCGCCAUCGACUGUCACCAGGGCCAGUGCAUUCUGGAGACGAGAGGUCCUGCUUGUCGCUGCUUCUCCACGGACACGCACUGGUUCUCUGGCCCACGCUGCGAGGUGGCCGUCCACUGGAAGGCGCUGGUCGGGGGCCUGGCGGCGGGCGCCGCCCUGCUGCUGCUGCUGCUGCUGGCGCUGGGCUUCCGGGCGGUGCGCUCCCGAGGAGGGGGCGGCCAGAGCCGAGGCCGGUCUUGGGACCAGGACGGGAAAUGGUUCGAGAUCUGGGAUGAGGAAGUCGUGGGCACUUUUUCAAACUUGGGCUUCGAGGAGGACGACAGAAUAGAGAAGGAUAAAAAUUUCAAUGUGGACUUGGAGAACGUGGACACCACUAUGAAGGUGCACAUCAAGAGACCAGAGAUGACCUUGUCCUCGGUGUGAACCCUGCAGUGCCCCCUCACCACCCACUCUGCCCUGUCCGGGACACAGGGUCUGCACUGCGUCCAUUUCAAGAGGCGGCCCCAGAAUGAGUGCAGCCCAGGCUCCUGCUGUUCUUGGGCACAAUGAGACUGUUCCCGCAAAUCACAUCCAUCUCUUUCCAACCUGGCUGAAAUGCACCUGGAAACCCAGUUCA